CCGGGGCAGGGCGUACAAAGGUUGGGAGGCUGUGAUGAUGGUGGUUACCAUGGCGCUGGGCUAAGUGUGCCCCGGUGUACUGGAAGGCAAAAGGCUGACAGAGACGGAGCUGGCCGAAGAAACUGGGAGCCUAAGGCCCCAUGCUUCUCCUACACCCCCAACAAUGGCCUGAAAUAUGACUGACCAAUGGGAUCAUGUGAAGGCUUUGGCACAGGAGCCACCCCUCGACUUCUCCUUCAAAAGUAUAAACUUCAUCCAAGACCUGAUAAGUGAGGAGCCCAGGCCUGGGCUCCGGCCAUUAAAGCGCUCUAAGCAGGGUAAGUCACUGACCCAGGCCCUUCGCCUUAACAACAACGUGCUCAAUGACCUCAGCGACUUCACUCAAACCAUAUCGCAGCUGUUGGAGUAUCCCCAGAACCUGGCUUGGAUUGAUCUGUCCUUCAACGACCUGCCCAACAUUGAUCCCGUGCUGACUACCUUCUUGAACCUCAGUGUCAUUUAUCUCCAUGGCAACUGCAUGCAUCGCCUGGCAGAAGUGGAUAAAUUGUCAAAUCUUCCUAAGCUUCGGAGCUUGACCCUCCAUGGGAACCCCAUAGAGGAGGAGAAGGGGUACAGGCAAUAUGUGCUAUCCAUCCUACCCCGAAUCACUACCUUCGACUUCAGUGGUGUCACCAAACAAGACCGGAUCACAGCCACUAUCUGGAGACGGAUGAAUAUCAAGCCCAAGAGGGUCCGAAUCAAACUGGAUAAUUUAUAACUCCUUCUAUCCAUGCUAAGACCCCAAAGCCCACAGGACUCUGUGGUAUUCUCUCUCAACCUUUAGUUUAGUAAUAAAAAAAUGAACUGUU